AUGAAUAAAAACAAAGGAUAUUUUGCAUGGUUUGUUCAAAUUUUUGAUAACAUCGAAAAAUAUGAGCCAGCAUAUUUUAAAGAGCCAUAUACAGAAUGUGUAAUUGGAUUAGUAAUGCUUCAAGUUCAGACUAUUAGGAGAAUGUAUGAAUGUUUUUUUGUUGAACGGCCUUCAGCUGGUGCUACAAUGCAUGUAGGACUUUAUUUUCUGGGUUUGGCCUUUUAUCUUGUAACUGGAUUGGCUAUAUUGAUUGAGGGCAUUGGAAAUAUCGGAAUUUUGAAUAAUAAAGAUAAAGAAUUUACAAUUCCUUAUACAACCUUUUUAUCCUGGAACAUAUCGUUGGCUAUAUUAAUCUUUAUCUAUGCAUCAUAUCAUCAAUAUAUACUUCACAAAAAUCUUGCUUUGCUUCGUUCCAAAGAUUCCUCUAAAUCAUCAUUAUACUUUAUCCCAAAAGGAGAUUGGUUUGAUUACAUUGCAUCAGCUCAUUAUACGGCUGAAAUUAUAAUUUAUUUUAGUUUUGUCAUUCUUACUAAAGGAUUUAUUUUAACUAUCUGGUUAGUUUUUAUUUGGACAGUUGUUUGUUUGGGAGUUGUUGCAAAAAAUUCUGAUGAAUGGGGAAAAGAAAAGUUUGGUGAAAAUUGGCCUAAAAAUAGAUGGAUUAUUAUGCCUUAUAUUUAUUAG